UAAGAAUAUCGAAUACCAAGCAAAACGAGUAACAAGCUUCUUUCUCAUUUUUAAAUGCAUUUGUUUGGAUUCAACAAGUCUGACGUGAACCCCCUCCCUUCCUUUUAUUUUCCCUCGUCUUUACCCUUUUUCCCUUCUCCUCCUCCUCUACUUAUAUUCACUUCUUACACUCUCUUUUCUUCUCAAUUCCUUUCUUUUCAUUUAUCAAUUUCCUCCCUACCCAAUAAUAAAAAAAUGGCAAAAUUUUGCUUAUUUCUUCUUUUUAUUUCUCUUGUUUCUUUCCCCUCUGUUCUCUCUCGUUCCUUGUCAUCCUCUUCUUCACAUCCACACUCACAAAUCUUCGACGUUGCUACAUCUCUUAAGAAAACUGUUCAAGUUCUCUCUUCACAAGAUUUUCAACAAGAAGCAAUUAAGAGUACCCAUUCUAAUUCUUCUUCAUUUUCUCUUUCAGUUUAUCCUCGUUCCGCUCUUGUUAAGCCCAGCCAUAAAGAUUAUGCAGCUUUAACUCUCUCUAGACUCGAACGUGACUCAGCUCGAGUGUCUUCACUCAACAUGAAGCUCCAGCUUUCGCUAAGUAACUUUACUCAUUCGGAUCUUAAGCCGGUUCAGACCAUGUUACAGCCUGAGGAACUUCAGGCUCCUAUUACUUCCGGAGCUAGUCAGGGGAGUGGUGAGUAUUUUACUCGGCUCGGGUUGGGUGAACCGGCCAAGGAGUUCUAUAUGGUGCUUGAUACUGGCAGUGAUAUUACUUGGGUUCAAUGUGAGCCAUGCUCCGAUUGUUAUCAACAGUCGGAUCCAAUAUACAACCCGUCGGGUUCAAGCACAUACAGUCGGCUAUCUUGUGAUGCAGCUCAGUGUUCGGCUCUUGAUGUUUCGGCUUGUUCGACUCAGUCGUGUCUAUAUCAGGUCUCGUAUGGAGAUGGCUCGUUUACUGUAGGAGAAUUUGCUACUGAAACGGUGUCGUUUGGGAGGUCUGGUUCGUUUCCUAAAGUUGCUAUAGGUUGUGGCCACGAUAAUGAAGGGUUAUUUGUUGGUGCUGCUGGCUUGGUUGCUUUAGGCGGUGGCUCUUUAUCUCUACCGACUCAGAUCAAAGCGUCGUCGUUUUCGUACUGUUUUGUCGAUCGAGACUCUCCUUCAUCGUCUACGUUGGAUUUCAAUUCGGCUCGACCCAGUGACUCCGUGGUUGCCCCGUUGCUACGUAACUCGAGAAGGAGCACUUAUUUCUACGUCGGACUCACCGGAAUCAGCAUCGGCGGGCAGAUGUUGUCAAUUCCGGCGUCGGUGUUUCAGGUGGACGGAAGUGGAAAUGGAGGAAUAAUUGUUGAUUCCGGCACGGCGGUGACUCGGUUACAGAGCAUUGCAUACAAUGCUCUACGCGACACUUUCGUGAAAUACACUCAGAGUUUGCCGUCCGGCGGGCAAUUCGCGCUGUUCGAUACCUGCUAUGACUUGUCGUCGAUGAAAAGUGUGAAUGUUCCGACGAUUGCAUUUCAUUUCUCCGGUGGCAAAACGCUGUCGUUGCACCCGAAGAAUUACCUGGUACCGGUGAGUUCGGCGGGAAAAUUCUGCCUGGCUUUUGCUCCGACCGAAGGGUCGCUGUCAAUUAUUGGAAACAUACAGCAACAAGGGACACGUGUCAGUUAUGACCUGGCCAACAAUCUUGUUGGAUUUAGUCCCGACAAAUGUUAAGUCGAAAAUAAAAUGUACUAAAGCUCCUCUACCUCGACAAAGUUUAGUAUAGUAUUAGUAGUUCGUAGUAGUAGAAUUUUGCGUGGGGGUGAAAAAAAUUUAGCAGCAUCUCCAGUAACUGCUUUUUAUCAAUAUCAAUUAUUAUUGUAAAAAUAUUAAAAGCAGUACUUUAUUGGAAGAGCCAAAAAAAAAAAAAAAAUAGAAAAAGGAAAGGAGCAAAUAAAGGGUAGGUGAUGGAUAAGAAGUUAUUUAUGAGCGGUAGGGUUGCUUUUUAUUUUUAUUUCUAGAAUUUUUAAACUAUGAAUGAAAUGGGUUGUAGUUUUUAAUA